AUGCAGGCCAUCAAAUGUGUAGUUGUUGGUGACGGUGCUGUUGGGAAGACAUGUCUACUUAUUAGUUAUACAACUAAUGCUUUUCCUGGCGAAUACGUUCCCACUGUUUUUGACAACUAUUCUGCCAAUGUUAUGGUUGAUCAAAAGCCAGUAAAUCUUGGCCUGUGGGAUACUGCAGGUCAGGAAGAUUAUGACCGACUAAGACCACUGUCAUAUCCACAGACGGAUGUGUUUUUGAUAUGCUUUUCUCUUGUCAGUCCCUCAUCAUUCGAUAAUGUUCGCAUUAAAUGGUACCCUGAAAUAUGUCAUUAUGCACCAAAUACACCCAUCAUACUUGUCGGGACAAAAAAAGAUCUACGAGACAACAGUGGCAGUUGUAAUGGACCCAAAGUGACACCAAUAACUUACCAACAGAAAUUAACAUAAAGUAAGGUCCAGUGAUUCAAAAGUAAUUCUUAAAUGAUGAAUUCGUCGUUGACGCAUCUCACUUGCAUACAUCAUUCAUCUUUUGCACUGACCACAAUGUAGCAAGUGUAUAAGAGAAUCGAUACUUUAAUAAAGCAGAAGUAAUUUUAAUAAAUUAUGGGAGAGAAUACAGUCCUAAUGAAUUAGUGCCAAAGACUACACAAUGCACCGUUUGUCUACUAUCUGCUGCAAGGAUCAAAGGGAAGUACUAAAGUCGAUUGGUAUUCCAUUUUGGUGAACUCCAGGUAUGGUGUUGUUUAAGCUUAGUUACGUGGAACAUAUCUUUCAUGUACCAGGCUAUAGGCUACACUUGUUGCAUAAAGACUGACUGAUGAUACUGCCCAGUUAGACAGCCA